UCAGUGUUUCCCGUGGGGGCUAAGCGGCGGUCUCCCUGCAUUUGUUCGUCCUCCUAAAGAUGCAUCCUGACUUGUCUCCGCACUUACACACCGAGGAAUGCAACAUCUUGAUUAACUUGCUUAAGGAAUGUCACAAAAAUCACAACAUUCUGAAAUUUUUUGGCCAUUGUAAUGAUCUUGAUCGGGAAAUGAGAAAGUGCUUGAAGAAUGAGUAUGCAGAGAGGAGGGCCAGGAGCAAGGAGCAAGGUAUUGCCAUGCGAAGGAGGCUUUCCCAUCAUCCAGAGGAAGGUGGAAAAUAGGUUUACUGGAUGCCCUGACUAGGAGACCUGAAGAAGGCUGGUAGCUGGAAGAAUCCCUUCUUUUUGGUCUCUACAGUCCUUUGAAUGAAAAGUGACCCAUGAAGAGCUGAACUGUGGAGAAACAUGAGAAUGCGGAUUCUCAGGACUUGUUGAACAAAAGCCUUUAGUGCCAUGGGCUGUCUGCAGGACAGUUUCAGCUGCUACUGCCCCGAGCUUUCAUCCACCUAGUACUGACUCACCUCCCACAAUAAAGAAAUUGGACAGUU